AUGGGGGCUCAGUGCCGGGUCCGAGGGACCAAAUGCCAGUUGUUGACCACCUGCUUCUUCGUCCUGCUCCUGGGACUCUCUGUGGCCAUCCUCACCUUCAUCACUCACUCGGGAGCUCACUUCACUGUCCUCAGCCGGGCCUCCAGGGACGGCAGCUCUUACAGAGUCCUGCACUCGGCCGCCUUCUACGUGGGGACCUGCUUGGCCGGAUUGCUGGGCCUGGGCGCUGUGCUGAGCGCCUCUGGGACCGUGAGAGAAGCCAUCGGUCUCGUGGCCGGGGGUUUCCUGUGCUUCGCGCUCGUGUUCUGCACUCUGAUCCAGGUGGCCUUCUGGAGACACAUCAACCGCAGCCAGGUGGAGGACGCUGUGCUGGACGCCUACGACCUGGUGUAUGAGAUGGCGAUGAGGAACAGUUCCGGCGGGCUGCGGCAGUUGGAGGCCAUCCACGACACGUAUCUGUGCUGCGGGAAGAAUUCGCCCUUCGGUCGCCCUGGGAACCGGGAGAGGGAAUUGUGCCCGGGGGCAGGAGGAGGACCACGGAGACCACCAGGAGGACCACCAGGAGGAGGAGGAGAAACUCGGAAGGACUGCCUACAGGAGAUCAGACGCUUCCUAGCGAGACACGUGAACUUCGCCUCGGCCCUAGUCGCCAUCGCCCUCGGAUUCAUGGUGUACGGGCUGUUCCUCACCUCUUUCCUCUGCUUUGCCAUUCGCUCCCACGGCAGCCUGGACCGCAGGGGCAGAUACGUCGUGGCCAAGGGGUGAAAUUGGCCGGUGCCCCUCGCCGCUCCCCCCCCGAGGACCCCCAU